GACCCUGAGGCCCUCGGCUCGCCUACGAAGAAACUUUUCCGCAGCGUCCGAAGAUGGAGCCUGCCGGCAUGGAUUAUUUCUGCGAGCAGGUACAGCAGAAGGACGUGGGCCGCAGGAUGCAGGUCGGCCAAGAGCUGCUGGAGUACUUGGGCGACCCGGCGAGGUCCUCCGAUCUGGAGCAAGACCAGCAGCGCCUUGAUAAAGUGAUCGACGAAUUAACAGCGUGGGUCAACUCCAGUAAUUUUAAGGUAGCACUACUGGGAUUAGAUGUUUUAGGUGCCUUUGUUGACAGACUGUCAGGACGCUUUAAACCCUAUAUAGGAACUGUUCUCCUGGCUUUGAUAGAUCGUAUGGGAGAUGCCAAAGACCAAGUUCGAGAGCAAGCACAGAAUCUUAUAUUGAAACUGAUGAGUGAAGCAGCACCACCCAUGUACAUUUGGGAACGCCUUGCUGUUGGUUUUAAACACAAGAAUUACCGAUCCCGAGAAGGAGUGUGUUUGUGUCUUGUUGCUACCUUAAACAUUUACGGUGCACAACCAUUAAUCCUCAGCAAGUUGGUACCACAUCUGUGUAUAGCAUUUGGUGACUCCAACAGUCAGGUGAGAGAUGCUGCCAUACUAGCCAUUGUAGAGGUUUAUAGACAUGUGGGAGAGAAAGUACGAAUAGAUCUUACAAAAAGAGGAAUUCCUCCUGGAAGGUUGCAAACAAUCUUUGCAAAAUUUGAUGAAAUAAGAAACUCUGACAAUAUGAUUUUAAGUAACGUCAGUGACAAAAGCUUUGAUGAUGAAGAGUCAGUGGAUGGAAAUAGGCCAUCAUCAGCUGCUUCAGCCUUCAAGGUUCCGGCACCUAAAAAGCCAGGAAAUCCUUCAAACAGUGCAAGAAAGCCGGGAUCAGCUGGUGGGCCUAAGGUUGGAGGUUCCUCUAAAGAAGGAGGAGCUGGAGCUGUGGAUGAGGAUGAUUUUAUUAAGGCAUUUACAGAUGUUCCUACUGUACAGAUUUAUUCUAGUCGAGAACUUGAAGAAACGUUGAACAAAAUCAGGGAAAUUCUCUCAGAUGACAAACAUGAUUGGGAUCAGCGAACUAAUGCGCUGAAGAAGGUUCGUUCCUUGCUCGUUGCUGGAGCUGCACAGUACGAUGGGUUUUUCCAGCAUUUGCGGCUCUUGGAUGGUGCUUUCAAGCUAUCAGCCAAGGAUCUCAGAUCCCAGGUGGUGAGAGAAGCCUGCAUCACUGUAGCCCACCUUUCAACUGUUCUGGGAAACAAGUUUGACCAUGGCGCUGAAGCAAUUGUGCCUACUCUUUUUAACCUGGUUCCCAACAGCGCCAAAGUGAUGGCAACCUCUGGGUGUGCCGCCAUCAGGUUCAUCAUUCGGCAUACUCAUGUGCCACGACUCAUACCUUUAAUAACAAGCAACUGUACCUCAAAAUCAGUUGCAGUUAGAAGGCGCUCCUUUGAAUUUUUAGACCUGUUAUUACAAGAGUGGCAAACACAUUCACUGGAAAGGCAUGCAGCUGUCUUGGUUGAAACAAUCAAGAAAGGUAUUCAUGAUGCUGAUGCAGAAGCAAGAGUGGAGGCAAGAAAGGCUUAUCUGGGUCUUAGAAAUCACUUUCCUAGUGAAGCUGAGACUCUGUACAAUUCUCUGGAGCCACCCUAUCAAAGAAGCCUUCAGACCUACUUGAAGAAUUCUGGCAGUAUAGCAUCUCUCCCUCAGUCAGACAGGUCAUCCUCCAGCUCACAGGAGAGCCUCAAUCGGCCUCUGUCAUCUAAAUGGUCUGCAGCCAGCCCAGCAAGUCUUGCAGGCAGAGUUCCAGGCAGCAGCAAGGGCGUCCCAAGCCCGGGCACCCUGCAGAGGUCCCGCAGUGACAUCGACGUGAACGCUGCGGCGGGCGCCAAGGCCCGCCAUGCUGCUGGGCAGGCAGCUGGAGCUGGGCGCCUCUCCGCAGCCGGGCUGCCCCCGGGCUCCUACGCCUCCCUAGAGGAUACUUCUGACAAGAUGGAUGGAACAGCUUCUGAAGAUGGUCGUAUACGAUCAAAGCUCUCCACCCCUUCCGUUGGUAUUGGAAAUUCUAAAACAGAUUCCAGAGGACGGAGUAGAACCAAAGUGGUGUCACAAUCGCAGCGUUCAUCAUCGCCAGACCAAAAUGAAGGAUCACAGUCUGCUAACCCCAUUGGUGCUGGCAGUAGAUCUGGGUCUCCUGGAAGAGUUUUGACAACAACCACACUUUCCACUAUGAACACAGGAGUUCAGAGAGUGUUGGUGAAUCCUGCAGCUGCACAAAAACGGAGCAAAAUCCCACGAAGUCAGGGAUGCAGUAGAGAAGCUAGUCCUUCUAGGUUGUCAGUAGCGCGAGGCAGCCGCAUUCCUCGGCCUAGUGUGAGUCAGGGCUGCAGCAGGGAGGCCAGCCGUGAAAGCAGCAGGGACACGAGCCCUGUCCGCUCUUUCCCGCCCCUGGCUUCCAGACAUCACUCCAGAUCCACUGGUGCCCUCUACGCUCCUGAUGCUUAUGGGGCCACAGGUACUGGCUUUGGAAUUAGUCAGUCGAGUAGAUUAUCGUCCUCAGUCAGUGCUAUGAGAGUCCUGAACACAGGUUCUGACGUGGAAGAGGCAGUAGCAGAUGCUUUGCUCUUAGGAGACAUACGGACUAAGAAGAAGCCCGUGCGAAGAAGAUACGAAUCGUACGGGAUGUACUCAGAUGAUGAUGCCAACAGUGAUGCAUCAAGUGCCUGUUCAGAAAGGUCCUACAGCUCCAGGAACGGGAGCAUCCCCACCUACAUGAGGCAGACAGAAGAUGUGGCUGAGGUCCUGAACCGCUGUGCCAGCACCAACUGGUCAGAGAGGAAAGAAGGCCUUCUAGGCCUGCAGAACUUGCUAAAGAACCAGAGAACUCUAAGUCGUGUUGAGCUGAAAAGAUUGUGUGAGAUCUUCACAAGAAUGUUUGCUGAUCCUCACAGUAAGAGAGUGUUCAGUAUGUUUUUGGAGACCCUGGUCGACUUCAUCCAGGUCCAUAAAGAAGAUCUGCAGGACUGGCUGUUUGUACUGCUGACGCAGCUGUUGAAAAAAAUGGGUGCUGAUUUGCUUGGGUCUGUACAAGCAAAAGUUCAGAAGGCACUUGAUGUCACAAGGGAAUCUUUUCCAAAUGACCUCCAGUUCAGUAUUUUAAUGAGAUUUACUGUUGACCAGACCCAAACACCUAGUCUGAAGACAGUCAAGCCAGCACUGCAGGACCAGCUUCGCUCUUUUUGGAGCUCAAAGGUCAAAGUUGCAAUCCUAAAAUAUAUCGAAACUCUUGCGCAACAGAUGGACCCAGGAGAUUUUGUAAAUUCAAGUGAAACUAGGUUAGCAGUGUCUCGAAUCAUCACCUGGACCACAGAACCUAAAAGCUCAGAUGUUAGGAAGGCUGCACAGUCAGUGCUGAUUUCCCUUUUUGAACUCAACACUCCAGAGUUUACAAUGCUGUUGGGUGCUUUACCAAAAACAUUUCAGGAUGGAGCCACAAAGCUUCUCCAUAAUCAUCUCCGGAAUACAGGCAACAGUGGUCAGGGAUCAAUGGGAAGUCCUUUAACAAGACCUACUCCGCGCUCCCCAGCAAGUUGGUCAAGUCCUCUCACUUCCCCAACCAAUACAUCACAGAACACUUUGUCACCAAGUGCAUUUGACUAUGACACUGAAAACAUGAAUUCUGAAGAUAUUUACAGCUCUCUUCGUGGAGUCACUGAAGCCAUUCAGAAUUUCAGUUUUCGCAGUCAGGAAGAUAUGAACGAGCCUGUAAAACGAGAUGCUAAAAAAGAUGAUGGUGACACGAUUUGCAGUGCUUCGGGAAUGGUGGACAUGCGAGCAGGAGGUGGUGUGAGCGAUACGGGCCGGACAGCGCUGGAUAACAAAACAUCAUUACUCAACACCAUGCCUCCCCACUCCUCACCACGCUCACGAGAGUACAACCCAUACAAUUAUUCUGAUGGGAUCAGUGCAUUCAAUAAAUCUGCUUUGAAGGAAGCCAUGUUUGAUGAUGAUGCAGAGCAGUUUCCUGAUGAGCCUCCCAUGGACCAUUCUGAUCUGGUUGCAGAGCUCCUGAAAGAGUUAUCAAACCACAAUGAGAGAGUUGAAGAAAGAAAGGCUGCCCUGUAUGAGCUCAUGAAGUUAACUCAGGAAGAGUCUUUUGGUGUUUGGGAUGAACACUUCAAAACAAUACUUCUGCUGCUGCUUGAAACACUUGGAGAUAAAGAGCAUGCAAUUAGAGCUUUGGCACUGAAAGUUCUAAGAGAAAUACUAAGAAACCAGCCAGCAAGGUUUAAGAAUUAUGCAGAGCUCACAAUCAUGAAGACCUUAGAAGCACAUAAGGAUCCUCAUAAGGAGGUGGUGAGAUCUGCUGAAGAAGCUGCUUCCAUGCUGGCCACUUCCAUUAGCCCAGAUCAGUGCAUCAAAGUUCUCUGUCCAAUUAUCCAAACUGCAGAUUACCCCAUUAAUCUGGCUGCAAUCAAAAUGCAGACAAAAGUUAUAGAAAGAGUAUCUAAAGAAACCCUUACUCAGCUUUUACCAGAGAUUGUGCCAGGUCUAAUACAGGGUUAUGAUAACUCAGAGAGCAGCGUUCGUAAGGCAUGCGUUUUCUGCCUUGUAGCCAUUCAUGCAGUAAUUGGUGAUGAACUAAAACCACAUCUCAGUCAACUCACUGGCAGUAAAAUGAAAUUAUUGAACCUUUACAUCAAACGUGCACAAACAGGCUCUGGAGCAGGGGAUACAGCAGCAGAUAUGUCUGGACAAAGCUAAUGAAGCUGACAAGAGUUAACCAGGUCUCCUAAAGCAAGGGCAAGGCCCUCUUCAGUGAAAGGAAAAUCUUUACAUGCAACUUCUGGAACUUUUUUCUUGUUUUGUUUUUUUUUCCCCCCCCGUUCUUUUGUUAUUUUUCUUUUGUUUGGGGUUUUGGUUUUUUUUUUUUUCCUUUAACCAAUGGCUGUCCUCAGCCUGCAUGAGACUGUUGCAAUAGAAUUAUUCCAAAUCUAAGGAAAAACAGUAUUAACAUCAGUUGAUCAAAGCAGAAUAAAAAUUUUAAAUAAUCUUAUCCAUCAGUUACCCUGUUCAUAAUCCUCUGUGUCUUCCCAUUAACUUUUGCCAGUGUUACUGUAUUAAAAAAAAAGAUUUUUUAAUGCUAAUUAAAAAGGUAUGCUUUAAGCUUCAGAAGUUAAAAUAUAAAUUCUGUUGCUUUCUUCAGCUGCAGAUAACAUUACUUUUUUAUUGCUAUUUUGUUUGAGCAUCAUGUCCUUUGCUAGAAACAAGAAGUGAUGUGAAACAAGGCUGAACUAGUCUGAACUGCAGUGAGACUCGUUCACUGUGUUGGUGGUUCAUCAUCUUAUUUACAGCUUGUUUGGGAUAUUCUGGAGAUUGAGAAAUAUGCCUAUAAAAAGAAAGCUGGAUCGAUCCAGUCCUGUCACAGUGAUAUUGUUCAUUGGUUGUAUGUUUGUUGCAUAAAUAAGAAUUUGGUGUGCGCAGCAGAGGACUGGUACAACCAGUACCUCUUAAUGUGGGAGCCAGCCCUGCCAGGGCAGUACUGCACUGCCGAGCUGCUGGCAGUGUGGCAGCCUGCUGGUGAGCAGCAGAGUUCAUGGUCACUUGAUGGACGUGAACCAUCCUUGUCACCUUUCGUUCUUCAAGCAGGAUGCUUCAGAAUGGAGUGCUCUGCCCAAGCAUGCUCAGUAUGUAUUUAUCUUUAUCACUAGAAUGUUUCCUCUCAACCUAAUUGCUGGAACAAGUAGUCUUGUAUUGUAACUCACAUGGGAUCUUAUGACAACAGUGCAGAAAACUAUUUAUUCCUUACCUUCUGAAAAGCACCGAGAUUUUUCUGCAUUGAAUUUAAAUGGGGGGAGGGGGGAAUAGUCACAAACGCUAUGGAUCUCGCCACCUUUUAAUUUAAAGAAAAAUAUAUAUUUUGGAUGAGUAGGAAAAGCUGCACCAAAUUAUUUGCAUGGUUUUCUUGAAUAGCAUCCUCAAGACCCAUCUGGAUUAAGGUGUGGAAAUGUUUCAAGGGUUUGUUUUUCCAUUUUUGAAAAAGAGUUAGUAUAUUGUGAAUAAUGGUUCUUUGUAUUUAUGAAGUUGAUAAUGGAAAGAGAACAAAGAUAAGUAAAUGUGUCCCUAAAUGUUGUCUUUUCCUUUUUUUCCCCUUUUUUUAUCCUUUUUUUCUUUUAUAUAAGCAGCAAGCUAAUUAAGUGAGAAAUGGGAUGAAACAGUGCCCUUCCCAGGAACAGUGGAACUUUUUUUUCCUGGCAUUAUUUUUCCCUUUGACUGUGAUUUUGUCUAGUUGAUGGAAGUGUAUCCUGAUAAGAGAGAAAAUAGUGGUGCCAAGGAUGAUGAUCUAUGCUAGGCUAAAAUUCUCUCUACCUCUUCAGGGUGACUAAUUUUGACUGAGCUGCUGCAUAUAGCACCCAGUAGAAGAACUAUCUAGAGAAAAAUCUUUAUUUUUUUUCCCAAAUUAUCACUUAAUGUGUAUUCAGAACUCUAUUCUUCAACAUUGCAGCCAAAUAUCAUAAGAAACUACUUACAUACUUUACCUGCUAGGAACCCUGAAAAACAAAACUGAAUAAAAAAAUAAGUCAGAUGCUUGUAGUUAACAUGAAAGGUUGUUUCUACUUUAGUUUGAAGUGAAUGCAAUAGAAAGAGCUAAGAUGUGGUUAUUAAAGAAACAAUGCCAUUACAGAGAUUUAUUUGGAGGAAAAGUUGUAGAAAUAUAUGUAAAGACUUAAAUCCAAGACUGUCAUAACUCGUUGCUAGCCCUUUUUAGCAGCUACAUGAAGAAAAUAGUAUCUCCUCCGUCUUUCCUUUGUUACGUGUAACAUCCUUGUUGUUUUCUACUGUUUAAUUACAUUGUGUAUUUAUAGUUCUAUGCUUACCAUUGUGCAUAUACUGGCAAUAAAAUGUACAUAACAUUACUUAAAAGAUUAGCAAUGUAUACAUUCUGGUUUUUCUGUUUUAUUUGAUCACAUGCUAUAAGAAAAAUUAUAAAUGUGAUUCAUACAGCAUUGGUUAAAAAGAUUUAUCUUCAUGUUUUGUGCAUCCAAAUGAUGUUUCUUUAUAUAGUUUUGUUACUAAAUCUGACUUGGCAUUUGAGAACAUGCUGUGAAUAUAGGUAUAUUAGACAAAUUUUUAAAAAAUUGAAUAGAAUCUUUAUGAACACAGUUUCCUUGAUCUAGGCAGAUUUUUUUUGCUUAUUAUUUCAUUUAUUUGUAUAUGAUACAUCAUUUACAUUUUAUUUUUUUAAUAUUUAAAAAUAUUUUUCAGUCUGCAGUCUUGUAGGUUUUACAUUUUAAUGAUACAAAAAGUCACAUGAAAAAAUUGCACGAAUUCUAAGCUUAAUAGCCCUGUAUGUUAUUCCUGCAUUUUGUAUAGGUAAUAUUUCUUUUCAGAGAACCAUUGCAAGAUGACUGUUACUUGUCAUCUUUUUGAAGAUGCUAUUUCAUACUGAAAAUAUAAGUUAUUGAAACAUACAGUAUAUAUUCUGGAUGAAACCUAGUUUUUUUAUGUGUAAACAAAAGAUAUGCUUUUUAUCCCCUAUAUGACAGAAGAAUUUUGCUCCAGGUAGGGGGGAGGAAAAUACUUACCCGAAGUUUGUCCAUCAGUUUUGCUUUGAAGCAGUCUUUAAAUGUUUUAAGUGAAGAUAUCCCAUGUAUUAAAAAUCUCAAUGCUAUAUAUUUAAAUGAAUAUUUUACUUAUGAUAUGACUAGUUUUGUUUCCAGCAGAGAUGGGGUUGCUAUCUUUGUAAAAAAAAAAAAAAAAAAAAGAUAGAAUCUAUUUAUGUUAUGUGAACCCAUCAGAAUGUAAGAAUUUGGGAAGAAAAUUAUUUCCACAGCAGCCAGUUGAUCAGAUUCACUGCAUUGCUUUUUACCUUCAUUUCCUAUAUUACAAGUAGAUAUUAGCUCAGUUAAAUUCAAGCAAUGAUUAGUCAUGCCUUAUGUUCCUGCUGGAGGUGGUUUCUCUAAUGGAUUAGCAUAAAGAUCUGGGAAAAAAUAGGACAGUUAUAUGUUGCUGUUCUUUCAGACAGGGUUUCUAUAUGUUCCUUCUAAUAUCCUGUGAAGAUAGGUCAUUGCAGUCCUUUGAGUAUUGAAAUGUAAUUCUUAAAGGUUGGGUUUGGGCUUUAAAAAAGAGGAAGGAGAAGAAAAGCUACAUGCAGAAUCAGGAUGGGAAAUGAAUAUUGUGGAUGUCUCAGACUUGGAUGUCAUUUGCUUUAAAGAAUUUUGAGUAACACAUUAUGUUCAGAUGAAGUCUUAGCAAGGAAGUUGGGAUAAUAAAUGUAAAUUGAAAGGAGAGCUGAUCAUGUAAAUUUUCCUGAGUUGGCUUGCUUGUUUGUUUUUGAAGAUAAAGGUUGGAACAGA